UACAUGCAAUGAGCAGACUGGGCAGCAGAGGAAGAAGGACGAGUAUAUAGUCAGAGAAUUGUAUACAAAGAUCAGGCAGAGCAGGGAGAUGGAAAUCAAUGGCCAAGUAGAUGCUCCAGUGUAUAAUAUGAAUGGACUUCAUGGUUGGGAGAAAACAAAGUUUCAGUUUGAAGACUUCACAUUGGACGCCACGAACGGGCACAACAGCUGCAGCCUGGGCACUGUGCUGUGUGUUAUCACAGGGGCCUCCCGGGGGUUUGGAAGGAGCCUGGCAUGGGAACUGUGCCCCAGAGUGAUGCCAGGUUCUGCCCUACUGCUGGUGGCCCGCACAGAGCAGGCGCUGCGUGUGUUGGCUGAAGAGCUGACACUUCAGUACCCGGAGAUCGGCAUGAAAUGGGUGGCAGCAGAUUUGGGCACAGCAGCCGGGGUGAAGAAGACGGUGCAAGCUGCACAGGAGCUGAACGGACGGGACGCGGCACAAAGGAUCCUCAUUAUCAAUAACGCAGCGUCUCUGGGUGAUAUUUCCAAAUCUUUUGUGAACUUUACGGACCCCCUUGAAGUGGAUAGAUAUUUCUCCUUCAACGUGUCAUCGGCGCUGUGUCUGACCUCCUCCCUGCUGAAGGUCUUCCAGGGACGUCCUGGGCUACAACGACUGGUGGUCAAUCUCACAUCUUUGGCAGCUCAGCAGCCAUUUAAGUCCUGUAUGCUGUACUGCGCCGGGAAGGCGGCUCGGGAGAUGAUGUUCAAGGUGCUGGCCGAGGAGGAGAAGGAUGUCCGUGUACUCAACUACUCACCAGGGCCCCUGGAUAGCGCCAUGCAGGAGGAGAUGCGGAGUCAUACAGCAGACCCCGAGGCCCGCCUUCAUUUUAUUAAUUUGCAGAAAAGCGGACAACUUGUUGACUGUCACGUCUCUGCGAAGAAAAUGCUGGACAUUCUCCAGGGAGACGCCUUCAUAUCUGGCAAGCCUGUUGAUUUUUUCGAUUAGUCCCAUUUGUGUGGCUUCUUGAACUGGUUGUAAAAAUCUGUGCCUCUAAUGUCUUUUGCUUAUAGGCUUUCUGUACAGAUCCCAGUGUGCACCCGGGGUAAGCAUGGGAGUUACAUGUGGGCCUGUUCCUGUGUUGGCAAGGUCUUGUAAGUGCAGAUUUCGCAAGCAGGAAAAAGCAUGUGAACUGUCUUACUUGCCAAAGGAUUUUGUAAUUCUGUCCAGCUAGACUUGUGUUUCAGGCACCCCUGUCAGACUGCGCAGCCACAUCCUGUACUCCCCUAGACCACCCUUUUUCCUUCACCGCAGCUAAGUAAUACCACUGGUCUGACACUCGACUUGUCUGGAAUGGGCCAUGAAGCAGUACACUGAUUAUCACUAUCUCUCCUACUCUCAGAAAGCUCCUAAUGUUAAAUAGACAUCACAUGUGCACUGCAGCAGAGCCUCAUUGGCUCAGAGUGCUGCCCCUCCCUUUUUUUUUCAAGAUAUGUUUAUUGUUUUUUUUUUAUAAACCUAUACAAUAAAGAACAAGUACAACAA